AGAGCUGAUUAAUGGAAUAAUGUAUGAAGUGGUCACUGAUUCUAAAAACUUUGAUGAUGCUGAAGCUUACUGCAGAGGUUUAGAUGGACUACUGUUGUAUACGAUAACAAGUGCUUCUAUUCAAAAUGCAUUGAGCAACGCUCUAACAAACAACUCAACCUUGAAUAGUCAUUCUUCAUUUUGGAUUGGAUUAGAUGACACAAUAAUUGAAAAUAGAUUUAUAUGGAACCAUGGAGGACCUUUAAGGAGUGCUGAGUAUAUCAACUUUCACUCUUUAGUUGAAACAGAAUCACAUGAAGAUGAAGACUGUGUAAAAAUUGACAGAGCUGAUUCGUGGCAGUGGAAAGUCACUGCCUGUUCAGAGACAAGGCCAUUCAUUUGUCAAAAAGCUACUUGUGAACAUCCUCCUAAAAUUGGUCCAGGAGUCCAAAGAAAAGACAUUGAUUCGCUGAAGUGCCCUAAUGGCUGUCCUCCAUUUCAUAUCUGCGUUGGGGGAGUCUGCCAUUGCGAUAGUAAAUUCUUCGAUCCUAAUUCAAAAAAUUGUGAUGAACCUAAAGGUUUGCGUGCUAAUCGUGAGCAAACAGUAGGUGGAAACCAUUAUCUGUACUUUGACACUCUUGCAACGUAUGAACAGGCUUCUAUGACUUGUAAAGGUGCAUGGGGCACAUUGGCAAUGCCCAAAACCCGCAGUAGGAAUACAGUAAUUUAUCAACUUGCCAACGGUUAUCUGGGGGAAUUUGGUGAUGCAGCUUGGGUUGGGAUGCGCCAAACCAACCCACAAAGCGUUUAUGAUGAAGAUAAAUGGGCAUUUGUGGAUAAUGAACUUAUUAGCUUGUCACCAAAAUUUGGAGACAUGACUGCUGGAGGACAAAUUCCAUUGUAUACGUAUAACUUUACCACAAAAACGGAGCGUUGGCAUUUUUUUUAUCAUGAAGACCCUAUGAGGUUAAAUCGAUCUGAGGCAGCAGAUUUUUGUGCUCGUACUGGCUCUCACCUACCAUAUCUGCAGGACUAUGAUGAGUAUAAUGCAAUUGGUAAAAAAUUAAACGAAACUACAUAUGAGUUGUUAACGGGUAUAGCACAAUUAAAGGAAACUGGUGUACUAAAUAAACAAAAUGCAGUGUGGUUAGAUUUCACACGGGUUAACGAAGAUUUAAGAUCAUUUCAAUGGUCCGAUGGCACUCCACUAUAUAUGUGGCAGCAAUGGUAUGAAGAUAAUGGUUUUCCAUUACCAACAGAAGAGGAACAAGGAAAAAUAUUAUGGUGUCCUGGUCAUCCCACCAAUGAUUUAUGGAUGGGUGAUGAUGAGUUUCAUGGUAUGGAACGACUUUGUGGUCGUUUUGGGUAUGGUGUCGGCUGGCAAGAGAUUGGGUGUUUUGAAAAAUUGCGUGUAAUCUGUGAAAAAGGUCCAUUCCCAUUUGAACGUUGGUAUCUUGGUGGAUCUGAACAUGCUCAACCUGAUAAUAAAUGGUGUGUGGAAAACUGUGGUGCUGUUCGACUUAAUAAUCCAGAAGGUGUUCCUGAGAACACUGCUAUUUUAGAUGAGUUUUGGAUAGAUGAGUGGUGUGGUAAAAAGCACCCCUUUGUAUGUGAAUCUGAGUUGCCUCCACAUUGCCCAUCUUACAACAUUAUAACUGAAGAAUGUGUCAGGCAUUAUUUUGCUAAGGUGGGCUGUACAGCAACCCUCGUUGAGAGUAACUUGGUGGUAUUUACCAGACUUACCGUUAGAGAAUAUUUUAACCUCCUUAAAGAAAUAGUCCUUCGUGCACAAAAUCCUAAACUUGGUGUAUACCGUGAAGUGUGCUUAAAAGAAACAGGAUUGUUGGAACUUCGUGGUGUGACACCAAAGUUCCAAGCCCAUGUGCAAACACUAAAUUAUCUUGAAGCAAAACGAAAAUGUGAAACCAACAUGGAAGUUUUAGCCACUGUAAAUACCCCCAAAAAUAUUUGAUUGACAUGUUAUUUUAUAAAGCUUAGAUUUAACAUUUAAAAUCAAUAUAUACAGUGGGGGAAACGGGACACUUAAGCAGGCAUUGCCAAGUAUUUUUAAAAUCAAAACCACGAAUAAGUACUAUCCUUCCUUUAUUUUUUGACAACAAUUCAAAAAGUAAAAAACCUGAAACAUUAUUUUCCUUGCCCUAUGCUAUAGUUUUUAACAGGAUAUCUACAUUUUAUUAUUGUAUGAUAAUCAGGGCCCAGAGGCACAUACAAGGGGUCACAGGCAGUGGCGUAGCUAGAAAAAAAAUAAGGGGGGGUUUUAAUAAAAAAAAAUUUAGGGGGGUUUGAAAGGGGGGGUCGCAACCCCUAAACUGGCUGCGCCACUGGUCACAGGGGUCCGAACCCCCCUCCCACCUUUAAAUAUUUAAAAAAAAUUGACAAUUUUUUAUUUUAUUUUGUGUUAAAAUUAGAACUCUUUAUUUUAAAAAAUAAUAAAGAAGUCAUAAUAUUGUAGUUUAAAACCGAUUCUAUUAUGUGUGUUAUUAAUUAUAUCAGUCUAGGUAUGUUUUCAUCGAAAACGUUGAGUUUCAUAUGCGUCCAUUUUCCAAGCAAAAACUUUUUUAUAUGUGUCCAUUUUCUAAGCAAAAGACCUACCCCUCCUUUUUAAACCUUUGGGUAGGCCCUUGAUGACAAUUGGUAUUGUUUGAAUGACAAUGGGCAUUGUUCGAACUUCAAUCAAUAAAUCUUGUGUCCUACAAAUGUAUAUAAAGUUUUAAUUACAGAAAAUUAUUAUUAACUAUUAAUAACGUUUAUAUUUUUGAUACAAACUGGAUAUUACUACACUAUUUUUCGCACAAGCCACUUCUCAGAAAUUAUUUUCCAGUGCAAAUAACUUAACUUUGAAUAUAUUUUUUUUUAAAUUGUCUUUUUAUAUUUGAAUAGCCCCUAAGGUAGAAAUUAUCGAAAUAAAAGUAAACCUUUUAAAGGUUGGCAAUAAAAACCUAAAACUUAAAUGUGGGGAAAGAUAGGACACCAAGUUAAACAUAUU